GGUUCCGUGUUCCUAGUUUAUUUUAAUUAUUUCCCUUACAUAUUCCAUGCAUAUAACAGAUAUAUAGAUAACCACUGGAUUACAACAACUACAUCAUGCAAUGGUAACUCGGCGCACAUGCAACUGGACUCGGUGAGUGUGACACUGCCGCUUGUCGUCUGCUACAUAUUUUUUAGCUCGGUGGCGUCAUCUUGCGGAUGCCACAGCAACGAAACAAACUGGUAGUUGGAAAGGGCGUGCCUGUGAGUGGCUUGGUUGGAUGUGGCGCGCGGCGGCAACACGAGCAGCUGCAGCAGUUCGCUCGCCGAACGGCUCUUUCUCUCUCCCACUCUUCACAUUUCUCGCUCUCCUCCUCGAGCCACUGCAGCUGAAUGGGUCAGCCCGCAGCAAUGCGUUCUGUUUACAUGUCAGUUGCUCCUUGCCGUGUACGGACGCAGCGUUGUUGACUGAGCUCAACCCGAGGUGUCAGGGGACCGUUAUGCACCGCUAAUGGCGGCUACGAUGCCGUCGCCCGCACCAUCUUCGCCGACCUGCGUCGUGGUUCACCGAGACCGAGGAGUCGCCGCCGACAAAAGGCCCGAACAGCCCGGCUCGCGCGGCAAGUCGAUCGCCAUGGAGCGCGAGCUCCCUCCGCGUCGCGCUUGCUCGGACGUUGGCCACCAUCGGCGAAACUCGGCGACCGCUCUCGGCUGCGCGCCGAGGAUCAAAAACCGGGUCCGCACUGCUGAUCUGGAGCAGCUACGCUUCAUCCUGGAGUGCUUCUUCCUCUCGUUCGGCCCCGAAUGCCCGCAGCUGGGCCGCAACCACCCAAACUCGGACCCCGAGCGCUACGCUUCGGGCCGUCAGCAACAGCAGCAACCGCCUCCCCAGCACUACCGCCGGCGGAGCAGCGUCGACUCCGGCAGCGCGACUUCUUCGUCGUCCUGCUCGACGAUUCGUUCCUCGUCGACUACGACGGCGAACGCCGGCGCCGCAGAGCAGCUGCCCGCGGAUUACGACCACGACGCGCUGCUCCGGGAGGUGCUGCGCCUGUUCGAGGCCGGACUCGACGGAAACGGCGGUCCCGUGCUCCUCCGGCACCAGCACAUCGCCGAGCUCGCCUCCCUGUCGUCGAUGCCCGGCGGCGACGAGGAGCCCGAGCCGGACUUCUCCGUCGGCCCCUGGGGCAUUGCCGAGUGCGGCAUCUGCCUCGAGACCGUGCCGCUGUACAGGCGGCCCUGCUGCAACUUUCCCGCCUGCACCCCGUGCCUGAAGCGCUACUACGCGUCGCGGGUGCGCCAGAACAACAUCCAGAUCGAGUGCUGCAACGUGCGCUGCCACCAGUUCGUCUCCCGAGACGAGAUCAGCGCGCGGCUGCCUGCGGACUCCAAGGAGCACUUCCACCGGCUCCUGGUCACGGCGAACGUGUCGACCAAGACGUGCCCGAACUGCAACCACGUGACGCGGCGGCCCAAGCCCGACAACCAGCCGCUCAAGUGCGCCGCGUGCGGCGGCUUCUGGUGCUACGCGUGCCACGCGCCGUGGCACGAGGGACUCAGCUGCCGCCAGUUCCGCAAGGGCGACCGGCUACUCAAGGCCUGGGCCCGCACCACGGCCCACGGCCAGGUGAACGCGCAGCGCUGCCCCAAGUGCAAGAUCUUCAUCCAGCGCAUCACCGGAUGCGACCACAUGCACUGCGCCCGCUGCAAGACCCACUUCUGCUACCGAUGCGGCGACCGGUUCCGGCAGCUCAAGUUUUUCGGCGACCACUACAGCAAGUUGAGCGUGUUCGGCUGCAAGUUCCGCUACAAGGCCGACAAGCCGCUGCAGCGAAAGGUCGUCCGCGGUGCCGUGUUCGGCGGCAAGCUCGUCGCCGCGCCCAUAGUCGGUGUCCUGGCGCUGUGCGCCGGAGUGAUCGUCGUCGGAGUGGGUGCUUUCGCGUUUCCCCUGUACGGUGGCCUGCGGCUAGUGCAGCGCUACCACAGCGUCAAGAAGUCUGUCAACCUCGAGAAUGACUCCACGCCGCGGCUGGUCUGUUUCUCGUGAGUCGUUGGUAACCUGCUUGCUGCCCUGUUUAUUGCAGGCCCUGUACCGACUUCAUCGGUGCCGCUAUGUACCCAUACAUACUGGUGAUCUAUACCGUAAGCACAGAAAAAAAAAAAGGGGGGGGGGUCUGCUUUUGGCAAGCCCCUACACUCGACAAACGCAUUUCACUGAUCGAUAAAACCACACGGUGGCUCUAAUGAAGUCGCGCGCGAGGCGUGAUAAUUUAUGUCCUCUCCUUCCGCAAAAGUCCGCCUACUUCUUCUAACCACAAGCUCUCGUUGUAAAACUUUUCGGUGUGCCACGUUUCCAACAAGACCUAUUCACGCUGUUUGUUGAUGCUGUUGUAUGACGUUAAUGUUCUUGGUGUCUGUUUUGAGUAAACUAUAGCAUAGAAAGAACUAUGGUCAAAGUGAGAGGCUUCAGAAAGGUUCCUGCUUGUAUUGCUGUGACUGCCUUUGGGAUCUAGGACAAUGAUUAGACAAUUGUAGCCACGUUGGUAGUUAGUAAAGGUGGUGCUGUAAUUUCAUGCACAUUUGUUAUGCUUUCAUAAUAUUUUAUGAGAAAUGCAUGCUCUUUUCAAGCCAU